CGUUCACUUUGGAAUCUUUGAAGCUGAAUAUCUCAACUCUCAGUACGCAGAUAGAACCUUCUUUCUCAGCUCAUGAUUUGUAAACUGAUCAAAUUAGGUGAAUCAAUAGGCUAAUUAGGUUGUUAUACACGUUUCAGUUUGUUCACGGUGCAGGUUUUGCUCGUUAUCAUCAUCAUUUGCUUUGUCUUUGAAUUCUUCAUUAUCUCUGAAUUCUUCAUUAUUAUUGUUUCCUAAUAAUAAUAAUCUCGACAUGAAGAUUGCGAUUUUAACAGUUUGUUAAAAUCAUGGGAUUGCAACUGUGGUUGGAACGAACCCAGCAUACAUACCCCAGGACCAGGGCUGGGAUCCACUGGAGUAGAGGGGGCUACAGUAUUUCUGUGUGCUCGGCCCAGGCCAUCUGGACAUUUACAGGCGGUGUUUAGGACCCGGUAAUAAACGCGAUAUUAUCCUAUUCAAUCCUGGGCCUUACUGUAUAAUACAUAUGCACGUCCACAACGAAACUUUUGGAGAAGUGGAAAUUGAUUUAUUUUGCAAUAUCCCCUAAAUAUCUAUGCGUAAGCUAGUUGUUAGGCUACAAGCUUGCUUUCCUACAAGGGAGAAUCUUUCAAGGACCGCCCCAAAACUCCGAAGGCUAAUUUAAGAUAGCCGACCCCCACCUUUACACGUUUACAGAAAUUUUCGGGCAAAGGAACCCCCCUUCUGUGAAACGAACGUGGGACUCAUCACUUAUUCUGGGCUUCGAUAGAGACUAGAGGGUUGAAGUGAAGUCUCAACAGAUGUAGAUUGAGUUUAGUUUGCAGACGUCGAUACAUUUAGUUAGUGGCAUGCAAGUAGAUUAAACACUACUCAAACUUUUAGCAUAAAAUAUUUUAAAGAUGGAGGCUACAUUUGUUUUGGCUUUUUUCUGUUUAACUGUGGUAUAUGUGCAGAGUAGUCCCGGCCCACUGGAAGACGUUGUAGUGGAUACAUAUUAUGUCCCCAAAAUGUGUACUCGAACAGUAGCAUCUGGUGAUUAUGUACGUUAUCACUACAACGGCACUUUUACGGAUGGAAAGAAGUUCGACUCCAGCCAUGAUCGUGGUACCCCCUUUAGUGGGCAGGUGGGUCUGGGCAGACUCCUCACGGGCGUGGACCGUGGCAUCCAGGGCAUGUGUGUGAACGAAGGCAGGAAGCUCACUGUGCCCCCACACCUGGCCUACGGCAGCCUUGGAGCAGCUGAUGUUGUCCCUCCGGAUACCACGUUGGUGUUUGAUGUGCUCAUGCUAGAUAUCUGGAACAUGGAAGACAAGGUCCAGACACGCACCAUCAGCAAAUCAGAGAGCUGCAAGCGCACCGUGCAGAAAUCUGACUACAUUCGCUACCAUUACAAUGGCACCCUAAUGGAUGGAACCCCCUUUGACUCCAGCCACAACAGGAAGCAGACCUACAACACGUACAUCGGAGAGGGCUGGUUGAUCAAGGGGAUGGAAGAGGGUCUUCUGGGCAUGUGUGUAGGAGAAACCAGGAAUGUCAUCAUUCCACCCUUCCUGGGCUACGGAGAGAAAGGAUAUGGCACAGAGAUUCCACCUCAUGCCAGCCUGGUAUUUGACGUAGAGCUGGUGGACCUGCACAAUCCCAAGGAUGACAUCAUUGUGGAAAACCAGGUGGUUCCGGAGUCCUGCUUGCGAAAGUCUGGUGUCGGCGACUUCAUCCGUUACCACUACAAUGGCACAUUUAUGGACGGCAAACCAUUCGACUCUAGCUAUCAGCGGAAUGAGACCUACAACACCUACAUCGGCAUGGGCUACGUGAUUUCAGGCAUGGACAAAGCCCUGCAGGGGGUGUGCAUGGGGGAGAAGAGCCGCAUCACCAUCCCCCCCCACAUGGCCUACGGGGAGAACGGAGCAGGUGAGGACAUCCCCGGCUCGGCCGUGCUGGUCUUUGACAUCCACAUCAUCGACUUCCACAACCCCAAGGACCUAGUGGACAUCCGAAUCACCCACAAGCCUGAGGAUUGCAACCUGACCACUGACAGGGACGACCUGAUCCAGUACGAAUACAACUGCUCCCUCAUGGACGGCACGCUGCUCUUCACCUCGAGAGACUACGCCAACCCGCAGGAGACCACCCUGGGGGCCGACAAGGUGAUCGACGGCCUGGACGAGGGGCUGCGUGGCAUGUGCGUGGGCGAGAAGAGGGUGCUCAUCAUCCCGCCCCACCUGGGGCACGGGGCGAAAGGGGCCAGCGGAGUCCCGGGGAGCGCCGUGCUGCUGUUCGAGCUGGAGCUGGUGGGGAUCCAGAAGGGGGUCCCGACGGGGUACCUGUUCGUCUGGCUGGAGGAAAGCCCCCCGCAACUCUUUGAGGAGCUGGACCUGAACAAGGACAAGGAGGUGCCACUGGAGGAGUUCACAGAAUUCAUUAAGCUCCAGGUGGCAGAGGGCAAAGGUCGUCUGCGGCCAGGCCAGGACCCCGAAGCCAUCAUCGCGGACAUGUUCAAAAACCAGGACCGCAACAAGGACGGCAAGAUCACCGCAGAGGAGCUGAAACUGAAGGUGGAGGAGGACGCGGAGAAGGCUCGGCACGAGGAGCUGUGAGAUGAAGGGACCGACCAAUUACACGCCUAGAAUACCCGAGAGCAGCACUCGCAUAGAGAUGUUGCCGGGCAGAGGAGGGUGUGACUCCCCAAUCAGCAUUCAGAAAUCCUUCUCACUGCCUUCCACCAGCCAAUCAUGUAGCCUUGCCUAUCCUCAAGAUUCUGAACUGAGGGAGCCUGACACACGUGUUUACGUCUUAACACUUGCUAAAUGACGGUUCGCCAAGCGUUAACACUUGUUUUAGAGGUUUAAUACUGGCUGUGGUGGCUGUUUAACUUCAGGGAAAUCAGGGUAGACCUAAUUUGGCAGAUAAAAACUUCAGGAAUAAAUUUUAUAUUCUAUAGAUUUGCACUGUUACUUAAAAUGGUACAUUAAGGAAUACCUUAUUUAAAAGUGAAAUGAGAGUGUUUCCCCUUACCCAGAGCACCGUCUAUCCAUCCACAUAAUUUAGUUGAGAUUUGGUGAGAUUACAUAAAGAAAUUCCAUUCAAAAACCUCAACCGCUCUCAAAAUUGAAUGCCACGGGCACUCACGAACACCCACCGAGCUUCAUUUGUGCAUGGUUUCAUCGAAAAAACUGCUUUCCAUCAAUUAUAACAACUGUUUAUCCAUGCUCAACCAAAGCACACCAGUAUUCUGGGGUGGUGUCAACAGUUGUUAAAUGUUUUAAAACAACAUUGGCACUGCGCCAUUUAGGUCCGUUGCAUCAGUGUGUCCUGCAAGCAGACUAAAAAGACUAAAAACUAAAAAACUCACCAAAUCUCUGUGAAACUAUUUGGAUGGAUAGAUUGCACUCUGAGUAAGCAGAAACAUUCCUUUAUUUUAUUUAAGAGCAAACUGCCCAUUUAAUAUUCUUAAACAUUUCAAAAGACUUUUGCAAGCUACUGUCAAACAUGAAGCUCAAGUUCGGCACCAACGGUUUUCCCAGGAAGCAUUGCACAGGGACCUGUAACGGCUGAUGGAUUCGUAUUGUGUGUGUCUCGAUGUGCCCUGUAACAAUCAAAGUCAGAUUAAAAACUGAGUUGUAUAUUUCAUGUGGGUAUUUUGUGCAAUACAAGAAUAUUUUUUUUUGACUUGCAUUGUAUAUCAUAUCGCAAAAUAAACAACAGCUGUUUUGUAAAAAA